AUGGAAUCCGGUGGUCGAGGUAGAGGUAGGGGGCGAGGUAGAGGCCCAGAGGGAGAAAAUGAGAAUGAACCUGACCAGGUAGCCACAGCCAUCCAGCGUAUGGCUGACUUACUUGAGAGAAUGGUUAAUCAACAAGGUCAAGGUCAGGGCCAAAAUGCUGGGAACCCUGGAGGAAAUGCGGAAAAUAAUAAUCAUGAUAGAAAGGACCGGGCAUUAGAACGGUUUCAAAAGUUCGCUCCUCCCACAUUUGUAGGUGGACCGAAUCCAGACAUAGCUGAGGGAUGGUUAGACCAAAUGCUAGAUAUCUUUGCCGCACUUGGAUAUACGGAGGAGCGGCAAAUCUCUUUUGUAACUUUUCAGUUUGAGGGAGCCGCCCGGGCUUGGUGGAAUGUCAUUAAGACCAAGUGGGAACGGGAGCAGACUCCCUGGACCUGGGUUAACUUCACCCGGGAGUUCAAUGAAAAGUAUCUACCACCCAUAGUGCAAGAACGGCGGGAGGACGAGUUUAUCCGCCUGCGCCAAGGGGCGUUAAGUGUGGCUGAGUACGAGACGCAGUUCACUAAACUAUCUCGUUUUGCUCCUGAUUUGGUACUCACGGAGCAAAGACGCGUUCGACGCUUCAUUCAGGGGUUGAAUGUGGAACUCCAGGAGGCGUUAGCAGCUGUCCAGGUGGACACAAUUAGUCAGGCGCUAGAGAAAGCGCAGAGGAUAGAAGCAGCCAGGGGUCAGGUUAAGGCCUUUCACGAGCGUAAACGUAGACAACCGAGCUCGAGUACCUACACCUCUGGGCAGAGCUCGAAGAACGAGCCACCCACCAAGUUGGGUAGAGGAGUAGGAGGUUCGCAGCCUAUUGGGACUCCAGGCCGAGGCAAUUUUGGACGAGGGCAGGCGGGGCGAGGGCCGCAGAGAGGUGGCCAGCGCGGAGGACAAAGUUCUGGACCUAGAUCGACCUGUAACUUUUGUGGAGGCAAUCAUCCCUUCGAUAAUUGUUGGAAGCAGGGUUCCGUACGGAAGUGUUUCAGAUGUGGCAGCACAGAACACCUCAUUGCUCAAUGCCCAAAGGCUCCGCAGGAAGGAACUAGUACCCCUCAGGCAGGAGGGACUACACCUAAGCCGAUCAAUGCAGAGGGUAAUCGACCUAAAGUACCGGCCCGAGUGUACGCCAUGGGUCAUCAAGAGGUGACUGACCCUUCGGCAGUCAUCGAAGGUACACAUUCUCUUUUUCGGCGUACCGCAAACGUUUUAAUUGACCCUGGCACCACGCACUCUUUUGUUAACCCUACAUUCAUGGCUCACAUUGAUGUUAAGGCUGAAAAGUUACCAUAUGACCUAGAAAUUAAGACCCCUAUCACCAAUAAGAGCUUACUUGCCAAUAUGGUUUAUAAGGAGAGUGAAGUAUGGGUCGGGGAGCAGAAAUUGCUAGUGGACUUGAUUGAAUUAGCCCUUAAGGGAUAUGACGUCAUACUAGGUAUGGAUUGGUUAGCUAGAUAUUAUGCUCACCUUGAUUGUCGUACUAAGACAGUUGAUUUGCACAUACCGGGCGAACCUACACUCCACCUAGAUGUUCGAGGAAAGUUAACCUCAGCCACUCUCAUUUCCGGGAUUAGGGCUAGGAAAUUGCUAAGUAAAGGAGCUCGAGGGUACUUGGCUGUAUUGAUUAAUACUCCACAGGAGCAGUUGAAAGUUGAAAAUGUACCUGUAGUGUGUGACUUCUCUAAACUUUUCCCUGAGGAAUUAACUUCACUACCGCCAGAAAGGGACAUAGAAUUCAAGAUCGAGUUGCAUCCUGGAGCUGAACCAAUUUCGAAAACCCCUUAUCGAAUGGCUCCUGCUGAACUUAAAGAGUUAAAGAUUCAAUUACAGGAACUAUUAGAUCGAGGAUUUAUACAGGAGAGUGAAUCACCUUGGGGAGCCCCGGUAUUAUUUGUCAAGAAGAAGGAUGGAGGGUUACGGAUAUGUAUAGAUUAUCGGGGAUUGAAUAACUUAACCAUUAAGAAUAAGUAUCCCUUGCCUCAUAUUGAUGCAUUGUUUGAUCAACUGCAAGGUGCAGUUGUAUAUUCGAAACUAGAUCUUCGGCAGGGGUACUAUCAAUUGAGGAUUCGGAAGGAGGACAUACCUAAAACUGCCUUUAAUUCGCGGUAUGGGCAUUUUGAGUUUGCAGUUAUGCCCUUUGGGUUGACAAAUGCUCCAGCCGCAUUCAUGGAUUUAAUGCAUAGAACUCGAGAGGAUCAUGAACAACAUUUGAGGUUAGUAUUACAAACCCUUAAGGACCAUCAGCUAUAUGCUAAGUUCAGUAAAUGUGAAUUUUGGCUGGAAGAGGUGUCCUUUUUAGGUCAUGUGAUCUCAAAAGAUGGGAUAGCGGUGGACCCCGCUAAAGUAAGAGCGGUAACAGAAUGGAAGAGACCGGAAAGCCCGACUGAAGUUAGAAGUUUCUUAGGGCUUGCAGGAUAUUAUCGCCAUUUUAUUAAGAAUUUUUCUAAGAUAGCUGGCCCGUUAACGGAUUUGACUAGAAUUCACAAUCAGUUUGUUUGGACCCCGAAGUGCGAGGGCAGUUUCCGAGAGCUAAAAGGAUUAUUAACUUCCGCCCCAAUUUUAACACUGCCUAAUGGAAAAGACAGUUUCGUGGUAUACACAGAUGCAUCUAAGAUGGGUAUAGGCUGCGUACUUAUCCAAAAUGGACAGGUGAUAGCGUACGCAUCCCGGAAAUUGAAGCCUCAUGAGCAAAACUACCCUACUCAUGAUUUAGAAUUGGCAGCUGUAGUUUUUGCUCUCCAAAAGUGGCGUCAUUACCUCUAA